UCCUGAAUUUAACAGCUGCAUUUCAUUUCUUCGCUCUUGUCCUUUGAUGACUGUCAAAAGUUGAAUUUCGAGCUUCUGCAACAACUUUCUCCUUUCUUUCCUAAUACAUCGGUGAAAUUUCUAAGUUAACCAAUUAAACAAUCUAAAUUUAGUCAUUACUUUAGUGAAAACUGUAAUUUUUACUAAAUCAACGCGAGUGUCAAAAGAUUUUUGUCCUGUCAUCAUGAAACGUUGAGGUUAUCUAGUGCAAAAUAUUGAUAAUUAUUAUUGUGCUUGUGUCAGUGAGAAUUUAAUUAUAUUUAUAGUUUUAAACAUUUGUUAACAUUAUGGCAAAACCCAAAUCAAGUAAACCAGAAAAGUCCGGCCCUGGAAUUAUUGGAACAAGCUAUUUAUUAGCAUAUAACGGACUUCAAGUUGUAGGAUGGUCGUACCUUUUAUUUCAAGUUGCCAAGCAUUACCUUAUUAGUGGGAAAGGCAAUGAUACGAUAUGGAAUGAAGUUUAUUACACUGUAAUUGUAUUUCAAAAUGCUGCCGUCCUGGAGAUCUUGAACGUAGCAUUGGGUCUAGUGAAGUCAAACCUGAUGAUCACGAUCUUCCAAGUGCUGUCUCGAGUGAUGGUGGUGUGCGGGGUGCUCCUGGCCACGCCCACUGGCCCCGUCAGUCCCGGCAUGCCCCCCAUGCUGUUUGCCUGGUCCGUCACUGAGAUCAUUCGCUACAGCUACUAUGCGCUCAACAUCAUCAACUGUGUCCCUUACUUCCUAGUGUGGUGCAGAUACACAUUCUUCAUUGCCCUAUAUCCAAUCGGAGUAACAGGGGAGUUGCUGUGCUUCUACUGGGCUCAACAGUAUGUGGCCAAGACGAAAGCAUGGAGCUAUGAGCUGCCAAAUCCCUUGAAUUUCACAUUCAGUUACAGUUACUUCCUUCUAUCUGUUAUGUUCUCCUACAUUCCACUUUUCCCUCAAAUGUACAUGCACAUGGUCAACCAGAGGAAGAAGAUCAUAGGAGGCCAAACAUCAGAAAAGAAGGCUAAAUAGACAUUUGAAAAAAUGAACAAUUUCUAAGUUACUAUUAUUUGAGAUCUGCUCAAUUAGUGUUAUGGUGAGUGUCGAAAAAAUACUUUCGGGUACAUUAAUUUCGUAAAAGGAUUCCAGGGUGCAAUUUUAGAUUUUGAAGGUUGGUUUUUUCUAAUGAAUGUAGUGUUUUGAUAUUGAAAUACUAUGUGAUUUUAACUUUAUUAUCGUAUUUUUAACAUGUUUAUGUUGUCUUCCGAAUUCUAGUACAAAGUAUGUGUAUUCCGUAUUUUAUUCUCUUAUAUAUCUGUAUUAAUAUUCUUAAUCGUGCUUCUGUUGGCGUACAAUGACGUUAUGAUUGUGGUAUUUGUUAAUAAUAAAAUUGUGAGUUUUAUUCACAAAUUUAUGGAAAAUCUUAUCUUCGUGAUAUUAAAAAUUAUCAGAUUGUUACAAAAUCACAAAUUAAAAAUCUUUUCAAAAAAUGAGAAAUUUAUUCCUUGUAUGGGCCAUAGCACGUGAGCAAGAAUGAACAAAACACCAUUUUAAUUUUAUAUGGAUAUAAUUAUACAUAAUGGUUCCCUUGUAUUUUAUAAAUAUCCAAGUCUAUAACUUACAAAUUUAACAUGAUUUUGCUACAUUCCCAACAGUAGUACAAUAUUAUAGUUGUAUGCUUUAUGUUGGAUAAAUUGAUAUUUAACACUAAUUAGAAAACUGUAUGGUAUUUUUGGUUAAUUUUGUAAAUGUGUUUGUAAUAUUGGCAAGUUUACUUGUAACUCUGUUUUUGUAUGUGUAAAUGUAGUAGUAUAUAUUGUUGGACGGGUGUAUAUUUAAGAUUUAUUUGAAAAUAAAUUACUAUUUUUCAACUGUA